UCUCUUUCCUUAUCACUCCUCUCACUCUUUUUCUCCGUCUUCUACAUCAUUGCCUCUCCUCUCUUAUUACUUCUCUCUCACUCUCCUUCUUCUCUUACUCCCCUUCUUCUCUCGCUCUCUUAUAUAUACUCCUCUCACUUCUUUUUCUCUCCGUCCUACAUCACCGUCCCCCUCUCUCUCCCUCCCUUGCUAUUCUCUCCUAUCACCACUCCUCACACAAUAUCCCACACUACCGCCAUAUUGAACUCUCUGUUCCCACCAAAGAAUCUUUCUCCGAUCGUCUUCUUCUUCGUGUUUUGCCUCCAUUUCCCGCUUCGUUCGUAAAUAGGAAACAAGGCUGCAAGUUUGCAGAAUCAUUUGGAAAAAAUUCCAUGAAGCAGUUGUUCUCUUUCCGAGUUCAAAUCCCACCUAGUUUAACCUCACUGAGGGAGACCAGAUCGGAGCAUGUGCCUCUGAUACACUGAUGACCCCCACAAUUUCUCAAGGUUGGAGGUGAUCAAAAGAGGUGAGUGUUAGGAGAAAUGGCCCCUAACAACCCUCUGUCAAUAUGGGGCAAUGAGAAGACGAUGAACCUUAAUACUUUAAUCCUGACCAACAUACAAUCAUCCCCUUACUUCAAGGUCAAUCUCUAUGAACUGAAAACUUACCAUGAAGUGAUAGAUGAGAUCUAUUACAAAGUGUCGCAUUUGGAACCAUGGGAAAAAGGAAGCCGGAAGACUGCUGGACAGACUGGAAUGUGCGGUGGGGUGCGAGGCGUCGGAGCCGGUGGCAUUGUUUCCAGUGCGUUUUGUCUCCUCUAUAAAUUGUUUACUUUGAGGUUGACCAAAAAACAAGUGAACGGCUUAAUCAGUCACCAGGACUCCCCUUACAUCAGAGCCCUAGGGUUCAUGUAUAUCAGGUUUACUCAGCCACCUCAGGAAUUAUGGGAUUGGUUUGAGCCCUAUCUGGACGAUGAAGAGGAAAUUGAUGUGAAGGCCGGUGGAGGUCACAGUAUGACGAUCGGUGAGAUGCUGCGUCAUUGGUUGACCAAGUUGGAAUGGUAUUCCACCCUGUUCCCUCGCAUUCCUGUACCCACACAGAAGGAUCUCGAUGAGAAAAUGAAGGCCAGGGCUUUCUCAAUGAACCAAAUGAACGACACCACUAGCAAGGCCCCUGGUUUGUCGGCUACAGAGGAGGUGGUCGCCGAGGUUGAUGAAGACUGGCACAAUGUGGAACAGCCUGUGGAGAGUAAUAGUAAGAGUGCAAGGUCCCCAGAGAGAAGGCGUUACGACCGGCCCCGCGAUAAGUUGCCCUCCUCUUCCUCUUCCUCUCACCAGAUGAGUCCCCUGAGCAAAGUCAGUGACAAGAAUCGAAUGUCGCACUCACCCCACGGCAAGUCUCCGCGCAGCCGUUCCCCGCACAGCCGGCGGUCGUCCCCUCACAGGAAGUCCCCCUCCAGUUCCAGCCACAAAUACUCAUCGUCAUCGCAACAGCAACAGUUGUCAUCGAUGGACGACUUUGCCGUGGAGCUGGCCCGGGAGCGUGAACGGCAGAGGCGCGAAAGGGAGCGGGAACGCAACGGUCGACAUAAAGACCACCACCACCAACAGCAGCAGCAGCAGCAACAACAACAACAACAACAACAACAUGACCUGACUGACUAA